AUGGAUGAUGGGGAACAAUCUGCUGCAUCCUCCGCAGCAGGAACUCUGGGUGCAUGUGAUGCCAGUGAUGAUUUCGGUGAAGGCCUAUCUGCAUCAGCCUACUAUGUAUUUUCCCAGGACAUUGACAACACAGGAGUGGGUGAUGUAUUCUUAGAGGAGGAGUAUCCCGCCUAUGCAAAUGACUCACCGGUGGUAGGAAAAACACGGAUCAUGGUGGUUGAUACAUCAGACAAGCAGCUGUUUGAAAUGGGACUGUUCCCAGCAUCGUUCACCCGCCCAAAGACUGUGUUCACCUUUGCUUUGCUGGAUGAUUUGAUCCUGGACAACCUGGAGUGCAGGACUUCAGCAAUGAACUAUUACAGUAAAUUGAGGUGCAUCAUGUCCAGCAUGUUCCCGCAUUUAGUACCGAAUGGAUUCAGUCACGACAGGAAGGACCCAAAAGAUGGGGAGCUGGCUCUUUUCUGCCCUGCAUGUCCUCAGCCCAGCAUCAACAUGACCUUACCAACAGAAGAUGAUGACACAAUGCCUGGGUGGCUGUAUUCAUGUUCAUUGGUUAUGGAUGGUAACUUUAAAGCCAAGCAUCUGCACCCAACACACCCAGAAGACAAAGUUUGGCUCACUGAUGGGCAAAGCUUCAUGGUAGCCAGAGCCAGGUACCAGGCUCAUCUCGGGCUUGCCAAGGAUUUGGUGCAGAGGUCCGAAUGCAACAACCAUAGGGUGGUGAACCAGGCCAAUGCAUCUCAGCACAAGCUAGAAGCCACAGGAAUAGGAGGGUGCACAUGCGCCAGACACGGGUGCUUCGUGCCUAAUUUGAUGGUCGAUUUUCACAAGGGCAAAAGUACAACAAGCACCUCCGGUAGGAUAGGACUGUGGCAUGUUCAUGGCCACCAAGACAAGUGCUAUGUUCGGGGCCGCCAGAAUGGAUGGGGAGAUUAUGGAAACACUGUGGGUGCCUCUGAACAUUAUAUCUCCUUCCGCCUGGGGAAUGUUGACCCUGCACUGACAGGAAUGCCUCGAUUAUCAAAUGAACGACUGCAACUACAUGAAGAUGAUUUGGAUGGCACCGAGGCAUUCAAUGCAUUGAACGAUGCGGCAGAUCUGGAAAUUGUCGAGUGGUGGGAAGCACAAGAGAGAGUGGCACAGGCCUCUCAGAUAGACGAUCCAUCAGCCCUAGACAUCUACGAUGUGCAGUUGCAAAAGGGCAAGUCUCAUAAGGAGGUCAAGGUCGACUUACUGCAGACAUCCAUCCGACGCCCAGGAGAAGGACCACAGCUAAGAGCCGCCACUUGGCUUGCAUCUGGGAUCACCAUUGAGGAAAUGCAGAUCGCUCUGGUGAUGGACAUCAGGAGGAUGGGAAGACACCCUACCAAGAAUCAGAUGCUGGAGAUAGGCCAUCGCCAGAUCAGGCUGCAACACUCCAUUGACAAGUUUGUUGCAACAGCAGGGAGUGGAUCCAGCAAUGAAGACCCCAAUGAUGAUGGAGCACUGGGAGUCCAUCACCCAAUGGCUCUAUUCAGACCUGACAUAGUCAUCAUCUCUCUCCCGUCCAACUUGGGAAUGGAGAGAUGCAGGGAAUUGGGCAUGGUGGGCCUGAUCAGACAAGAGAUCACCCUAAGGGAGGGACAGGCAAAUGGCAUGCUGCACUCCAUCAGAGUGCACCUGGCCAACAAGGCAGUUCUCUUUAGGACCACAGUCAGGCUGGCCAAGUCGCAAGCCAGGACCACCUGGGCUUGGGCCCAGGUCCACUUGGUGGAAUGGGUAAUCAACCUCAACAGCACGAUCUACAAGAAAUGCAGGGCCCAGCUCCAGAAUCUUGGGGCAGACCAGCUGUUGCAAAAAUACCAGGAGUUGGAGAAAAGCCACCUCAAAGCCACCUCUGCCGUUGUGGAUCCCAAUGCCCAAGGUCAGAGAAAUUCCACGCUGCCAUGGUUUUGGUCCCUAGAUGUACAAGGGGAUUCGGUUAGCGAUGACUGGAUGAAUGAAUUUUACAGGGUGCAUUGGCUUCAGACCAAGGCUCUGCAUGAUCGUUGGGCAGAAGAGUUCAUCCUCAUGGGACACGAGAUGCGUUGGACAAUCAAUUUCCUUAUGCACAGAUCCGCAACAUGGCUUGGACAAACACACCAGAAUGGCGACCCCACUCAGGUGGGCAACAGGUGCUAUGCACUCAGACAGGCUCAGAUGUACAAACAAUUGGCCGAGGAUGCUCAUGCCCGGUUUGUGGAGGUCAACCCGACAUUCGGUCAUGACUGGUGA